CACUGUUACGUGACGUACAUCUCUGUGUGAGAGACCCAUGGUGCCAGCUGAGCUCAACGUAGCAGUCUCAUGGUCGCCGCCGCCGCACACGGAUUCAUCUAUUAGCUGUUAUUUAGGGAAACGCAGCCAUGGCAGCGGGCAUAAAACAACGCUUCGAGAAAUUUCUCAACGAGAAGAAUUUAAUGACGGAUGUUUUGGCCAAGAUUGAACAAAGAACAGGAGUCAGCAGGGUCUACAUCUCGCUCGGGAUCGUCGCAGUCGUCGCGAUUUACUUGGUCAUCGGCUACGGAGCCUCGCUCCUGUGCAAUCUCAUCGGGUUUGCUUAUCCAGCCUACAUAUCGAUCAAGGCCAUUGAAAGUGCAACAAAGGAGGAUGAUACCAAAUGGCUGACUUACUGGGUGGUUUACGGAGUCUUCAGUGUGGCCGAGUUCUUUGGUGAUAUUUUCCUCUCCUGGUUUCCAUUCUACUAUAUGGGAAAGUGUGCGUUCUUGGUUUGGUGCAUGGCUCCCACUCCCUCCAAUGGAUCCGUGCUGAUCUACACUCGCAUCAUCAGGCCUUUCUUCCUGAAGAACGAAACCAGGAUCGACGACGCCAUGAAGAACAUCCACGACAAGGCGACCGAAGCUGCUGACAAAUUUAAGGAUGAGGCCAAAAAAGCUACCGCAAACCUCAUCUUUGAAGAGAAGAAGGCUUCCUAGAAGUGGAGUUCCUAUGUCCGCAGUGGCGUCUGAAGAGAUGACUGACUGUGCUACAACAAGAUAUAUGUUGCCUUGGAAUUGUUUAAAUUAUACUGGAAUGUAACUUUGGCCAUAUUUCAUAAAGCUACACUAAUGGUCAAGAUAUUCAAAUAUUUAGUAAGGUUUUUAACAAGACAAUUGGGUAUGACUCAUUUGAAGGCCAAAGAGUAAUCUGCUGUCAGAACCUGCUUUGUGAAUGUCAAUAAAAACCUUUCUGACUUAA